AUGGCUGCUGGCUUGCGCUACUGCGACCGUGCCCUGACGGUGUCCCCUUCCUACGCUGUCGAGUGCUGCACUGAUCCCGAGAAGGGUGUCGAGUUGGAGUCUCUCUUCAAGUUGGGCAAAUGCACAGGCAUUCUCAACGGUGUCAAGGAGGGUGUGUCUCCCAGUGACAAGAACUUUGUCACGAAGACCAUGAUGACCUGCGGCCCCUACAACUCGACCAACUGCGAUAUUGCCAAGACUGAGCUCAAGACCAACUAUCGUGCACAGAAUGGCUUGACUGGCUGCACUGGCCCGCUGAUGUGCUUCAUCGGGCGCUUGGACUCCCAGAAGGGCUACGACCUCUUGUUGGAGUCUUUGGUGGAGGUCCUUGAGGACG